UUCCCGGCUUCCUCCGCGGCGUUCCCACGCCGACGCUUCCAAGGUUUGCGGGGCACUAGGUGGCUUCGCUCUUCGCGUCAGCAAGUGACCGAGGCCAUGGCAGCCCAGAAGAUAAACGAGGGGCUGGAGCAUCUGGCGAAGGCAGAGAAGUACCUGAAAACUGGGUUUUUAAAAUGGAAGCCAGACUACGACAGUGCUGCUUCUGAGUAUGGAAAAGCAGCUGUUGCUUUUAAAAAUGCCAAACAAUUUGAGCAAGCAAAAGAUGCCUGCCUACGGGAAGCUGUUGCCCAUGAAAAUAACAGGGCUCUUUUUCAUGCUGCCAAAGCUUACGAGCAAGCUGGCAUGAUGUUGAAGGAGAUGCAGAAACUGCCUGAGGCCGUCCAGCUGAUCGAGAAAGCCAGCAUGAUGUACCUGGAGAACGGCACCCCCGAUACAGCGGCCAUGGCCUUGGAGCGAGCUGGGAAGCUCAUAGAAAAUGUAGAUCCAGAGAAGGCUGUGCAGUUGUAUCAGCAGACAGCCAAUGUGUUCGAAAAUGAGGAGCGCCUCCGGCAGGCAGUGGAACUACUGGGAAAGGCCUCCCGACUGCUGGUGCGAGGACGAAGGUUUGAUGAGGCUGCACUGUCUAUUCAGAAAGAAAAAAAUAUUUAUAAGGAAAUUGAGAAUUAUCCAACAUGUUAUAAGAAAACAAUUGCUCAGGUCUUGGUUCAUCUACACAGAAAUGAUUAUGUGGCUGCAGAGAGGUGUGUCAGGGAGAGCUACAGCAUCCCAGGGUUUAAUGGCAGUGAAGACUGUGCUGCGCUGGAACAGCUCCUAGAGGGGUAUGACCAGCAAGACCAAGAUCAGGUGUCAGAUGUCUGCAACUCACCUCUUUUCAAGUACAUGGACAAUGACUAUGCUAAGCUGGGCCUAAGCUUAGUGGUUCCAGGAGGGGGAAUCAAGAAGAAAUCACCAGCAACACCCCAGGCCAAGCCUGAUGGAGCUGCCAGCACAGCUGCUGAGGAGGAGGAAGACGAGUAUUCAGGAGGCCUGUGCUAGGACCGUGCCUGCGGAGAGAUGAGAAGUUGGGAAUCCUGGCGAGCCUCUUGAUGGGGUUAAGACUCAUCUGUGGUCAUCUGCUUCACGGGAGAUUGUGACGCUGAGUGUUAAUAUAUGUGAAGUUCAUUGCCUUUUCCUCAACUCAGCCAUUGUGUCUGCUGCCUGUGAAGCUCUGUCCUGUCCGUUCUAAGAGCAGAAAUGAGAGGUCCUACUUUAAUAAUUGGUUUUAAAAUGUAUAGACACAUUUCAGAUAAAUUAUAUUAUAAGCAAGGCAGGAAAUAGGCAUAAAUCUCUUUUCUCAUGGGUUCUUGUAAUUUAUUGUUAAAUAAUUGUCAUUGCAUUUUAUUUAACAUUACUUGUAAACAUGAUUUUUCUUUUUUCUUUCUUUUUUUGGUAAAAAUAAUUAUUUCAAAACUAGUCUGGUUCUUCCCACCAUCUUUCAGUGUUGUCACAUGGUACUCAUGCAUGGUCUGACUAAGGUUCAGUAGCUGGCAUUGUGGACCAUGAAGAAGCAUGACAGAAACACGGAGACGAAGACCUGGGGUUCUCUUUUUAGGGCUAUAAAAUGUAAGAAUGAAAGCAAUGUUCCUGUGGACAGAGGACUUGUCUCAUUCUGAAAAGAAAAUUUAUUCAUCACCAUAUUAGAUACAUUUAAAUUAUUGAGUAUUUUCAGAGACAGGUUUGGGACAAAAGCUUUAUAAUAUUUAGUUCAACACAUGACCACAAAAUGUGGAAGCCAGAGUAUUGGUAUUUCUUUUUUAACAACAAUAAAAAGGAUGGCUGUUUUCCAAACUGGGACUGAUUAAGACCAUUUGCAUGAGUCCAGAAUGACAGGCAAUGUUCCUUUCAGUCUAGUAUGUGUGCAUUUCUGACCUCCAAAGCAGUUCUGAUUUAGAGUUCAUAAUUUAGCAUGAGUUGUUCUGUAUACUACAAAAAGUAAAAAGCUAGUAGGGAUGUGUAGGGAUGUGUGUAUGACAAUGCUUUUGAAAGACAUACAUUUAGAACUGGGUUACCAGUCUUUUCAUACCUCAGAAGGCCUUCCAUGCUUAUUUCCUAAAAGUUAGUUUUGAAGCAUUCCUCUUUUUCUAAACCUGUGUGGCUUCGACCCUCUCAGAGCUGGUGUGGACUGAAGAGGAUGCAGACAGCAGCAGCGCGUGCACCAGGCGGCAGUGUCGACAGGGCUAGUUCCUGUCGCCGAGCUCCACCGCUGGCUCUCUAUGACACACCGUAUUUGCAUAUAGUAUGCUUGCUUUUGCUGGCGUUCCAGAGUCUAGGAAAGUAUCUUUAUGAUACUGGUCCUAGUGGGAGACCUUCAGACUAGCAUCCUCUGCCAGGCGUGCUUGAGUGGGUGGAUGUCACGGAGAGUCCCUGCACGGACUACAGGUCUGACGCAAAACACUAAUGAAAGUUUUAUAUUUCCCCUAAGUUACCUGGAAGUUGUUUGGGUUGCCAGCUCAUUGUCUUUAAUUGCAUUGAAAUUAUGACUAAAGCUGUAUUUGGCAUUUUUAUUUAAAGAGGAAAUUGGUAUUUCAAAGAUGAUGUCAAUGUUGUGUUUACCUUUAGAUCCAACCAGAAACAUCAUGCUUAUUUGAGCAAAUUAAUACUCUAUAAAAGUAGAUUUGGAAGUACUUAAAAGUUACUUUAGACAAUUGUGUGGCCUCUGUUAUCCAAUAAAACCCUUCAGGGAGUCAGUUUUACUCAUAUACAUCUUAAACGAAAAGGAACCAUGAAUGCACUGUGAGCAGCACUGCAGCUCAGGUGUAAAGCAGCGGAGGGUGAGACAGCCGUGCACCUCCCACCGCCUGGAGCCAGCGCUCAGGAUCUACAGCUCGUUUUUGUGUCGCUUAUUCUGGGUGGUGUCUUGGAGCUUUUGUUCCGUGUGUACACGUUUUCUUUUUUCUUUUUUACAGAGGUCUAUGUAUCUAGCAUUUUAUUUUUCUACCUGCAUUAAGUCUGCACUCCGGAGAGUUUAGUCAGACUUGGGAAACCUAGUGUUUACAACAAGAACUGUUCUCUGGAACUCUUAACACCCUCUGUGAAAGUGAAAGUCUGCAUGAAUACGCUAGAACCAUUUAGUGUUUAGUUAGUGUAUAGUAGGUGAAGUCAGUCUACAGGACACAUUUAUUAUAUUGAAUUUGUAAAUAUGCAGAAUACGGUAUUUGUGUAUGGAAUCUGUGCAUUAUCAUAUUUUUCCAGAUUUUUGGUGAGUAAAAUAUUAAUAUGUUGUUAAUGGAAAUUAGAUGUUUACUUCUGAAGGAAGAUAAUUAUGAAAAUAAAACUCAAGUCUCUGAA